AUUCCAGGAAUAAAAUGAUGACCAGUCAUACUUUUGCCUCAACAUUAACUAACAUAAAAAUAAACUGUACAAUAAUUCCGUUUGAAAAAUUAUCUCUCGGCGAUACAAUAGAUGAAACAUUUGCUGUAGUCUAUGGAAACAUUAUAAAUUCCAAUAACGAAAUACCUUCCAUUAUUAAAUCAUUGACAAAAUCUGUUAAAAAUCUUCCAACGUGGUCAACAGCACAAUUCACAUGUUCAAAAACUCUAAACUCACUUUUUGAAGAUUCGGUUGAAGAAAAAAACUUGUUUAAAAAAUUCGACAAGCGGAAAAUUAAUGAUCAAUUAUUUAAUAUUGAUAAAAAAUAUUUAAAUAAUAAUCACACGUGUUUGCUCUUUGAAUUGUGUAAAUCUGAGAAGCAGACCUACGAAGAAUUUGUUAAUAUCUUUGAAGAAAAAUAUUUUGAUAAACAUUAUGAUGAUUAUUAUUGGUAUCAUGAAUAUCGUCCCCAAGGAAAACAUAUUGAGAUUCUUAAAUUUAUUAGAGGCAAUGAAACUCAUUUUGUAUCGGCUAUUCACAAUGGAGAUUGUUUAUAUCAGAUUUUCAUCUUCAACACUGAAUCAGAAAAUACUUCAGCAGAAAUUGAUUAUAAAAAAAAAACGCCAGAGUAUACAAGUAAAAUAAAAAUGGCGAGUGAUAAUCAUAUCUUUGAAGAAUCACUGACGUACUCCUUAAAUACUUCACAUAUUUUUCUAUUCAAUUUUCCAAAUAUUCCAUUAAAAGUAACACAUGAGGUCUUAAAUUAUUUAUCACUUUAUAAUGUAAUGAGCGUCGAAUUAACUGCGCUACCUAAAUUGCCCAGGUCGUUAGAGUUUAAAGAAGAUGAAAUUGAGUCGCCAAAAAAACGAUCAAAGUUGGUGGAGCUAGAAGCGGGUGAUAGCUUCAAUAUUAAUGAUCUAAUAUCAAAUUCAGUUUUAAAAAGUAGAAACAUGCUGGAUUUUAAAAUAUUUAACAGCAUAGAAUACAGCAACCCGUACAGUCUUCAAGUAACAAAUUAUUCCGACAUAAUUAUGGAUAGAUCAUUACCUUGUCGCGAAUUCGUAACAAAGUACUUUGGCGAUAAAAAUAAUAAGGAUUAUGAAAAAUUGAAACCUUUUAAUUGUUUGCUUGAAGAAAAAUCUUAUGGAAUUGAUGAAAAAUUUUUUAAUGAAAAUUAUACACGCGAUGAAAUAAAAAUCUGUUUGGUUCUUGAAGAACAAAAAAUGGGUAUUGAUCCUUUAGAAAUUGUUUAUUUGAAUGAGAAGACUGUUGAUGGUGAUUAUAAUAUUUUUGAAAAUGAAAAUGUUGUACUGAGAUUUAGAAAAAGUAAUGAAACUCAUUAUGUUUCGUCGAUUCAAUUUGGUAACUGCUUAUAUCAGGCAUUAGUAUACAAUUUGGAUGAUCAAAAAAAGCCUGUUCAUAAAGGAAAAAUAUUGUCUGCUAGCAGAAAUAGUGACCUUGAAAAAACAAUUGAAGAUUAUUUAAAUAAUAGUAAAAUUGAUAGUCUUUAUAAUAUUUAUUCUAAUGAAAAAUUAAAAAAUGAAAUAAUUGAAAGAUUAGAUAAAGAAGCGGUUGUAAAUAUUGAUCUACGUUCGAUUAACAAAAAGCGCUCUCUACCACUAUUAACUCUAAGUGAAUAUAAUAAUUUAAAAAAAAAUUCAUCUGAAAAUUUACCUAUUAAGACCCCAGAAGUAUCUCAAGAAUUAUUGACUGCAAUUUUUAAAAAUUUGUCUGAACCAAAUGAAGCUUUCAAAACUUUUAUACAAGACUUGUUUACUGCAACCUUUAAAAAUAUGUCUCAAGAUUUAUUUCCUGGAGCGCUAGAAAAUUUAUCCACUGAAUCUCCAGAUGAUUUUCUAGCUGAUGCUUCAAAAAAUUCUUUACAAGAAUUGCUAACUGAUACUUUUAAUAAUUCUUUAAAAAAUUCUAGUACAGAAAUUUUGAAGAAAAAAAAUUCAUCACAAGAAUUGUUAACUGAUACUUCUAAUAAUUCUAGGACAGAAACUUUAAAGAGAAAAAAUUCAUCAAAUUCAAUGCAACCUUCAUUACUAAGUCUAGUACUAAUUUUAACAACUGUCUAUAUGUAUUAUUAA